AUGGCUGACCCACGGGAGACUCUAGAGGGGGAAGAAAUAGAGAUGUCAGUCCUCCAAGGGGGCUUCAACCGCCAGGAUCCAGAGGUACCGCCGCCUCUUCCCCCCAAGCAGUCCCGGCAGGACCCGUCCUGUCGCCCCAAACAGACCUGGACGGACCCGUCCUGUCGCCCCAAACAGACUGGUCACUCCGGACAAAUUCCGGAGAAUCCGACUCCCCGCGCUAGACGGAGAGGUGGAAGAAAGACCCGGAAGGAGCCGUCCCGUCCGCCUGAUCAGACUCUCGAGCUACCGACUCGUUCCACCGAACAGGCUUCGGGCGAAACUUCCCUUCCACCCGAACAGAGCCCAGGCCCGUCUCGUCGCUUCGGACGGAGAGGUGGAAGAAGGGCCUGGAAGGUACCGAUCGCGUACCAGGUACCGAUCGCGACUCGUCACAAGGACGAGACCCCGGUGAAACCGCCUCGUCCCCCCGAACAGGCUCCAGACGAACCAUCGGUGACGCCGAUCCGCCCCAAACAGAGAGACGGAAAAACGGCAGGCGUGUACCGGCACAGGCUACGGGAGGAAGACCUCGUCAAAGCUGCCGCUGAACCCAAUGUACAGGGCAGAUCUAGAUCUGCCGUCAGAUGGCAGUAA